GAUGCGGGGCUUGGGCCGGGAGUCGUGGCGGCUGCGACACGGCUGGGCAUGAAACUGCUGGGCGACGCAUUGCCGGCGUUGUGGUGGAAGCGGGCCUUAUGUCUGCACCUCUGCGCUCGCCGGCUCUCUAGAGCUGCGAUCUCUGACAUCAAUCUCUCCUAGCCUGGCGUCCAUCCAGUGUGUUGGGGGACUGCCAUUCCCAGGUGGGGCAAAAGUGGUCUAAAUAAAUCUUCCUGACGCACUUCUGAACUGGCAAGGGCAGUAAAGAAUUGCCCCGGAAGGCAGGGUAGAACAUGCCAGUCACUAAGACUUCUGCUUGACGUCCUGAGUGAUUCCUUGCACAACACCUUAUCCUAAACAGUACACUUUAGUGAUCUGACACCAGCCCCUGCCAUUGUGGGCAGGGAGCUGUCAGCAUGGCAGAUACAUUGGAGUUCAAUGAAAUAUACCAAGAGGUGAAGGGAUCUAUGAAUGAUGGCCGUCUGCGGCUAAGCCGUCAAGGUGUGAUUUUCAAAAACAGCAAAACUGGGAAAGUUGACAACAUUCAGGCCUCAGAAUUGGCAGAGGGUGUCUGGAGGCGAGUAGCAUUGGGCCACGGCCUCAAACUGCUUACUAAGAGUGGCCAUGUCUACAAGUAUGAUGGGUUCAGAGAGACGGAGUUUGACAAACUUUCAGAUUUCUUCAAAACCCACUUUCAUUUAGAGCUUGCUGAGAAAGAUCUAUGUGUGAAAGGUUGGAACUGGGGGACAGUCAAAUUUGGAGGGCAACUUCUAUCUUUUGACAUUGGGGAGCAACCUGUUUUUGAAAUCCCGCUCAGUAAUGUGUCCCAGUGCACAACUGGCAAGAAUGAGGUGACCCUGGAGUUCCAUCAGAAUGAUGAUGCUGAGGUGUCACUCAUGGAGGUCCGCUUCUAUGUACCACCCACUCAGGAGGAUGGCGUGGAUCCCGUGGAGGCAUUUGCCCAGAACGUGUUAUCAAAAGCGGAUGUCAUCCAGGCUACUGGAGAUGCUAUCUGCAUCUUCCGAGAACUGCAGUGCUUGACUCCUCGUGGACGCUAUGAUAUCCGUAUCUAUCCUACCUUCCUGCACCUCCAUGGCAAAACAUUUGAUUACAAAAUCCCAUAUACUACUGUUCUGAGACUUUUCUUACUUCCCCAUAAAGACCAGCGCCAGAUGUUUUUUGUGAUCAGCUUAGAUCCUCCUAUAAAGCAAGGCCAAACUCGCUAUCAUUUCCUUAUUCUACUGUUCUCAAAGGAUGAAGAUAUCUCCUUGACCCUCAACAUGAAUGAGGAUGAAGUUGAGAAGCGCUUUGAGGGACGGCUCACCAAAAAUAUGUCUGGCUCUCUAUAUGAGAUGGUCAGUCGUGUCAUGAAAGCCCUUGUGAACCGCAAGAUCACUGUCCCAGGCAACUUUCAGGGACAUUCCGGAGCCCAGUGCAUCACUUGUUCCUACAAGGCCAGUUCAGGGCUCUUGUACCCUUUGGAACGUGGCUUCAUCUAUGUGCACAAGCCACCUGUUCACAUCCGGUUUGAUGAGAUUGCUUUUGUCAACUUUGCUCGUGGGACUACGACGACACGCUCCUUUGACUUUGAGAUAGAAACUAAGCAGGGGACACAAUACACUUUCAGCAGCAUAGAGAGAGAAGAAUAUGGCAAACUCUUUGACUUUGUGAACGCCAAGAAAUUGAACAUCAAGAAUCGAGGACUCAAGGAGAAGAAAAAGGGCAUGAAGAAUGUGACCUAUGAUGAAUAUGAUGGUUCUGAUGAAGACUCCCAUGAUGCCUACUUGGAGCGGAUGAAGGAAGAGGGCAAGAUUCGUGAGGAGCAUGCAAAUGACAGCAGUGAGGACUCUGGGGAGGAGACAGAUGAAUCAUUCAAUCCUGUAGAGGAGGAGGAAGAUGUGGCAGAAGAGUUUGAUACCAAUGCCUCUGCUAGUUCUUCUAGUAAUGAAGGGGAUAGUGAUGAGAAGAAGAAACCUGCCAAAAAAGCCAAAAUUGUUAAAGAACGGAAGCCCCGCAAGAAACAGUCUGAGGGUAAGAAAGGGAAAGACCCCAAUGCCCCAAAGAGGCCAUUAUCGGCCUAUAUGCUCUGGCUCAAUGCUAACCGUGACAAGAUCAGAUCAGACAGUCCUGGCAUGAGUGUCACUGAUGUGUCAAAAAAAGCUGGAGAACUGUGGAAAGGAAUGUCAAAAGAGAAGAAAGAGGAAUGGGAGCGCAAAGCUGAAGAAGCCAAGAGGGAUUAUGAGAAGGCCAUGAAGGACUACAGUGAGGGGGGCAAGCUGGACAGCUCCAAGAGAGAGAAAGCCAAAAAGAAAAAGCCAGAUAAACCAGGGAAGGGCAGAACAGAGAAGAAGGCAGCGGCACCUGUAAAAUCUUCUGUUUGCAAGAAUCCUCCUAAACAGUUAGGCGAGAGCUUCAAGAGCAAGGAGUUUGUGUCCAGUGAUGAAAGUUCCUCAGGCGAGGACAAGAAGGAGGACUCGGAUGAGGAGGAGAUUGCGAGCACACCACCUAGUUCAGCAGAGUCUGCAUCUGGCUCUGAUUAGCCAGGAACACCUAAGCCAUCACACUGGUUCCCCUAUCCCUCAUGCAGGCGGCAUGGUAGCUGUACUGCUGAGGGGAGACUGACUGGACAUUUCUAUCCAGGCAAAUAGGCUGGAGACCUGGCACGGCAUAGGGAUACCUAUCUUGUUUCACUGGCCUCCCCAGCUUGUCCCCCUUGCGAUACCGCAGUAAUUAGUCACAGCCAGUUGCUGCCUUUGGAGCGAAAGGAUGCCGCCUAAAAGACAGUUGAGAAAGCCAGCCAUCCCUUUUUUUCUGCCUCCAUGUUGUUGUAGGUGCACUGUAUCCUUUCAGAUGGCAAGCUGAAUGGCAUACAGCUGGAAGCUGGGACACUAUGCAGUCUCCGUAGUCAGGUUCAGUUGGUAUCUCAUUUUUUUCCCCUUUCUGUUUUUUAAAGGUUCUCUUUGCAUUUCUGUUUUAUCAUGGCUAACUGAAUUAAUAAAAAUAAAGUGAAUAUGGAUGGGAUUUGUUCUAAUGUAAUCCAAAGCAACAGUUGGACAGAUGAGCAAGGAUCUUUCAACCUGGAGAAUUGCAAGGAGGAGAAAGAAAAAGUAGCCAAGAUUUCUGCAGCAGCAAGUGCAGGGAAAGACCUUCCCUACCCCCCACCUCUCUUGAUCUGAGCCAGUGAUUUCCCUGGAGGCAGUUGGCAGCAGCUGUAUCUUCCUCUGCCUCGGGCCAAGGGCCUUAACUCUACUGCCUUCCAUUAGCAAUAACUCUAAUUGUAUUUAAAGGGCCAUUGUGUGCUGCUGGGACUUGGCUAAUGCAAGCAACAGUCAAUAGUGUGGAGGCCUGGCAGUGCAGGAGGCUCCCAUCAGCAGUAAUGGCUUUGAGCAUCUUUGGCAUUAACCCUUGGGACAGUUUCUGGUUUCUCUUACAAGUACUACAUAAGGCGGGGGUGGGAGAGACGCUCUUGUGCUCUGCCCUUCUAGCACAGGACAGUGUUCCUCCAGAAGGGAAUAAAGUGAAGGACAAUUUUGUUUCUCUCUUAGAAUAAACUGUCCAUAACAACCAAUAUGAAAGCACUUAUCAAUAUGCACACCUAUGGAAGGAUGAAUGGUGGACUUGGUCUGGUCUCUGAUUGAAUGAUAUUGGCUCUUUACUUGAUGUUAUUGCUCAAAUCUGGCUAGAGAUUCAUGAAUAGAAAUAAAAACAGUUGGAUUUCCUGAUUCAGCCCAUGGAAUUCACUAGCCUCUACAUCAGGGAUUCUUCCAUCAUGAAACAAGUACCAUCUUUAUUAGCAUUCUAUCCCCUAGUUAUGAGAGAAAAAUCAUUGGAGAGACCUACAAGCAGAAUGUGGCAAUGAAAUCUUUCAUACCAAUCUGUAUACUGCAUUGUUACAGGAUUUUCUCUUGGCUAAUAUCUGAAAAGAUAAAACCAAGUGUAUGCUACAGGCCAUUACAACAUUAUUAGAGAGCAGGCUCAUACUUAUUAGGCAUUGGUUUGAAUAAUUGAUAUGUUUCAACUCGGCUGUUUAGACAUUCCAAAUGAAAGCUAUGAGCUCUUGCUGUUUUAGAAUGGCUGGUUUUCCAGAUUUCAUUUCUCCAUACUACUACGGUUACAUGUACCAAUCAACUGCUUAUCACUUUUUUCAUUGUCAUAAAAUAACAUUCACAAUUAACACUGACCAUUUUAUUUUACUAACUUCCUUAUGAAAUGACCAGAAAGAGUUGUCAUCAAUAACAAACAUGCAUUGAAUCCUAUCUACUUAGGCAAAAUCACAUUUUUCCUUCUUGUAUUCCUCUCCCCUCUCUAUAAUCCCUGUGGGACAGGAUGUAUAUACAUUUGAGGUGAUGGCAGGAGGAGCUGUACAAGUCAUCUGGAAUUGUCCCUCUUUGGGGAAUGCUUGAAUUGGCAAAAAUACAUUUCUGCAUUCAUACAUUGGCUACUUACUAUAUAAUCUAUAGUAUGCUACAAAGACAGAUGAUGUAGAAUCCUGGGAAGACCCCUCUGUUAGUCCUUGCUAGCCUUGUACCACCUGACUUUUUUUUUUACAUGGUUUGGUUUAAUGAAUAAAUGAGAAGCUAGGUGCUGUGAAGGGCCAGACUCUAGCUUCAUUAUUUACAAAAAUGUUUCUAGGCCCCACCUUGGCUCUGUAGCAUAGCUGUAAUCCACGUGCUUUGUUUAUAAGUAUCCUCACCUGCCCAGAAAAAAAGAUGGAACACAAGAGUACUUCUGAGGAUGCUCUUUACUCACCUGUUUGGCUUCUGGAAGAUAGGAAUGUUAUGACUGGCUUUGGUAGCCAUUUUGUGAAAGUGCCUCCCAUCUUUAAAACUUCCAAAUGUUCCCACUGGCUGAAAGAGGUAGUUUGCCCCUGCAGUUAGAUGCUGUUAAGGUUUUAGUUUUUAGUAAUAAUGUCAAAUAUGUUUCAGUUUUGGUUCAUGGCUAUCUUCCUUCAGUGAUGAUGAUCAAAGCUGUGUUUAUGUAUAUGUAAAAGUAUUUUCUGCAUAAAGUGUGU